GAUGUUCAGAAGGAGAGAGAACCUCAUGUUUAUCUCAGUGAAGAAGAAGUUAAAGAGAAGAUACAAAGCUAUAAUUCAUCUGUCACUGAUAAAUUAAAGAUGACCUUGAAUGCAAAUGGGAUUUACACUGGCUUCAUCAAAGUUCAAAUGGAACUAUGCAGACCGAUCACUGUGCAGUCUUCCCAGAGCCAGGGGAGGUGUGCUCACAGCAAUAAUGAAUCAGCUUUUCACUUGCCGGACAGCUGCGUGAAUACCCUUCACAUCAGCAGCACCAAUACUGUUCGUGAAGUUAUCGAGGCCUUGCUCAAAAAGUUUUUUGUGGCUGACAACCCUGCGAAGUUUGCACUUUAUAAGCGUUGUCACAAGGAAGACCAAGUUUAUACGUGCAAGCUGUCAGACCGAGAACAUCCUCUCUACCUGCGUUUGGUGGCAGGCCCCAGAACAGAAAUGCUCAGUUUUGUUCUACGUGAGCAUGAAACUGGAGAAGUUAUGUGGGAAGCUUUCAGUAUUCCUGAACUGCAAAACUUCUUGCGUAUACUGGACAAAGAGGAAAAUGAGCAACUGCAAAUCUUAAAGAAGCGUUACGCAGCUUACAGAGACAAACUUGAAGAAGCCCUUGGUGGGGUGUGGAAACCUGGUUAAAAGGGGGCCAAAGGACACUUGGGAAAAUGCACGCUACCAAAUGUCAGUAUAGCAUGCCAAACCCAACGUACAAAGAGCAGCAGAGAGUAGUUUUCUUUAUUCAGAAGACUGUUUUGUGAUGCCAGGGUACCUGAAUUUUGCUAUAGACUUAGUUCCAUAAGACAGGUCACUUAGCAUCUUGCACCCACAAGUAAGGGAUUCUGCAUGUUUGUACAUCAGUUUGCAAACCUCUGUGUGCCUAAAGAGUUUUCUGAGUUUUCUUGGGGCAAGCUGUGAAACUUUAAUCAAUUUCCUAGGAUGCUAUGAAGUAAGAUUUCUUUUUUUCUUCUUUGCUUUAAUGGUAGCUUUACAAGUAAGGAUGUGCAAAUUGAUGAGUUAAAAAAAUAAGGAAGUUGGAGACAAGACUUUGUUGGAGCACUAUCUUUGAGAUGAAAUUGACUUGCACUACCUUUCUGUUUUCAAAUAGUUGCUGUAUAAUUUGUGAGAGAACUGUUAUAGAUGGAAGGCAUGUGAGAUCUGGUUUGUUAUUUGAAAUUUGUGGAGGGCUUUAAAGUGGUCUUUCUGGAGAAGGUAAAGAGAAAGUUGAAAAGAAGGUAAGAGUUGAGGAAGGGAGAACUCUAGCAGCUAACAGAGGAAGACUGGUUUAAAAUGGAAAUAGUAUUUAUACAGAGGAAAGUUGAAAUACUAAUUCUACAAGAUAAAAGUUUUAGGAUGUUAUAAUAUUGUGAAUAAGUUUUAUGGUUUUUUAACUACAU